AUGGAAAAUAAAAUUGAAAACAGUGAUCCAAGCAUCACAAAACUUCUUGAAUUUCUUCAUAUUUGUGAAAGAUUAAAGACAACGAAACGCACCGGAUGGAUAGAUAAUAAUAUAAAAAAUCCGGAAUCGAUAUCCGAUCAUAUGCAUCGUAUGUCCAUACUAUCGUUACUGGUUAAAGAUUCAACACUGGAUAAAGAUAAGCAUGUAUUUUCUGAGAUGUCGGUUGUUCACGAUUUGGCUGAAAGUUUGGUUGUACGCAUUCGAUUCUAUGCCCUUCAUUUUUUUGCGUUAUCUCUCAUCCUUAGCGUAUCUAAUUUUAUUCAGGGAGAUAUCACGCCACUUGAAGGAAUCAGUAAAAUAGAAAAGAAUCGUAGAGAAUCAGAAGCAAUGAGACAUCUGUGUUCCAAUUUACUCGAAAACUCUUCGCAAUCUCAAGAAAUUUUUGCGCUUUGGCAAGAGUAUGAAGAUGCCACGACGAACGAAGCAAAGUUUGUUAAAGAUAUUGACAAAUUUGAAAUGAUUCUUCAAGCCUAUGAGUACGAACAAUCCGAUAAUAAAGAUCUCGAGAGAUUCUUUGAAACCACGAUGGGAAAAUUCAAUCACCCGGAAGUAAAAUGCUGGGCUGAAGAAUUAUAUGCAAAACGACAGGUUUCUAAACAAAAGAAUAUUAAAGAACACUGA